AUGCCUGUAUCCAUUCAUGAUGCUGAAGCGUGUAUUGCGGAUUCCACACAUCCUCACCAGGCGGGCACAAUAUCAUCUCUUGUCGAUGGUAUGAAUGACCCAACAAAAAUUCAAUGUGUUCUGGACCUGCCAUAUGUACAUGGAGGUCUCCCAGAGCCCUUGAGUUUGGCUGGAGUCAAACAACCCAACAGUGCCCCAUUUACCAAGGAGUACAUCUGGACAACUUUACCUCCCACUUCUGGGUGCUUCUGCAUCAUGCUGGAUAUGUUUCAUUUGCUCAUCAUGAUGCCAAUGGUGUCGCAACAUACAUUCACAUCAAGUCAGAGGGGUGGCCACAUAGCAUAUGCGAGUGCUAUGAUGAAGCUUGGGGAUUAUCCCAACAACAAGAAGGAGGUGCACGAUUUGUGGGAUGCAGAAGUGGUUUAUUUGGCUCCUGGAGAUUUUGUGAUUCAACCCCCUGGCCAGGUUCAUGCGGCUUACACUCCUGUAGAAGGCCUUGCAACAGGUGUUUCAUUCUUCAACCUCGCCAUGAUGCAUCAUUCAGAGAGGUGUAAAGUCCUACCAUCAGAGACAGCAUCACUCACAGACACAGCUAGGGAACUGCACGAGUAUACCCCCGGGUGCGGGUUUUCUUGCGGGUAUCAAAGGAAUGGACCCGAGGCAUUACCUGUGAGGGAUAAGCCUGCAGAGGAGGAGUGGAGGCAUGGGCAAGUGCAGAUAAGUUCAAGUCACUAUGAAGACCAGUGCCUAGCACACAUGCUCGGCGCACGACACUGGAAUGCACCAGAACAGUGGAAGGAGUGGAAGGAGGGAUGA